UUUAUUUAUUUAUUUUUUGCACAACAAUAUCCGGGUGACGGCGCUACCGCCAAUUAGCUACUACUUCCUCUGGAGUCGUUGAGUACAACAUGUUCUCACUCCCAACUCGUCACAUAUUGAAGCUUGGUCAGGAUCCCUUUGUCGUCAUGUUUUAACUCACUGGGUACCCCUUUGUCGUCAUGUUUUAACUCACUGGGUACCCCUUUGGCGUCAUGUUUUAACUUGCAGGGAUUCUCAUAGACUUCUGACCGGAACCGGCGGCGUUGACAUUUGACCUGCAGGAAAGCAGACCGCAGUGUGUACGGGACUCGAGACUAUGAUAAAUAGGAAUAAAAAAGAAAAGGCUGCAAUUAGUCACGGCAGGGCGAGUCGAUUGGCGUCCCCCAGGUCAUAUUUAACGGAUUUUUUAUUUUAAAAACCACUCGUUGCCUGAUAUCAAAGUGCGUCUGUGAAACAGGUUCAGCGGUGACUUUAACAACGCUCCAGCGAGCAACAGCAGUAGUGUAUUCCUCGUAAUGCUGGUGUGUUUGUCGAGGCUUCUUGAUGAUGAUAAACAUAUUUAAUGUGGUGUGAUUAUGUUUGGUUAAUCAGUGAUUAAUCAGCGCAAUGCGAUGCAAUCAACCUAUUAUUUAUUUAUCUAUUUAUUUAUUUAUGUAUUUGUUGGUUUGUUUGAUUGAUUGAUUGAUUAUUUAUUAUUUAUUAUUUUUAUUUAUUUAUUAAUAAGUCAAUCAAUCAGUGGUGCUGACGUCAUUGUAAGGCGCGAUCCCAAGGUCCACUGCGAUUUCCCGCUUGGUAAGUAGACCAGUUAAUUAAUACAGAUGGGAACACUCCUUAAAUUUAUGGUACAAAAACUGUAUAAUCAGGUCAAAAAGUUGUGUUUAGACCCUUAAGAAUUGCAAGGUAGCAGUUUCGUGAUGCAGUAAAUGACAGCAGAUAUUAUAAAAAUAUAACGUGCUGCACCAAAUGUGUAGUCGGCUAGCUUAAGUUAGCUAAUGAUUAAAUUCAAGCUUGUUUAUUUUUUUUCACAUAUAAUCAUGCAGGAUAAUAUCAUAGGAGAUUGUAUGAUUUGUAAUUAUGAUGUGUGUUCAGUUACCCAUAUUACAGUAAGUUAGCUCGAUCACAACAUUAUAGCCAUUUAUAAAUGUUCAGAUGAAGAACAGUGUUGCCAGAUUGGUGUGUUUUCCAGUAACUGAUCAAAAUCCACACAAAAUUAUAUAGUAAACACACAAAUCUUACCAAUAAUAAACUAUACAAAUUAAUUCAUAACUACAACAAUAACAUUUGCUCAUCAAAUGGCAUAAUAAAGCAAAUUAAGUGUUCUCUCAUUUUCCAUGUCUGUCAUUUGCCUUAAAGAAAUAAAAGAGUACAACAGAAAUAUCAAAAUGCCACCCGUCCAAGCCCAUUUUAUUCCACGUAGUACAACUCAAAACUGCCCAAUCUGCCAACACUGACGAAGAAAAUAUUGGUAAAAAUGUAAGGAGUUCAAUAUUUUUUUUCCCUCUCUUAUCAGGUCCUUCAAAUUUGCCAGCUUCCAACAUUCUCCUUUAUUUUAACCUCCCUCCACACACACACACACACACACACACACACACACACACACAAACCAAAGGCACUUUUAAGAGCCACGUCUGUCUUGUUAACCUGUACUUGUCUCUCUGUAGCUCGCUCUGUCUCUUUCUCUAUUUACAUUGUUCUAUCUGUCCAUCUUUCUGUUUCUCUCAAUAGGUCCUACAAAAACUAUAUUUUAACACAUUGUCUGUUUUUUUGUUUUUGUGUAUAUUUCUUCUUUAUAUGUCUUGUCAAGUUAUGACGAGGCCCAAAUUCCGGCCCUGCCCAUCUUGCCAGACUCCUAAUCAGGCAAGCAGGAAAAGUUGUUAUGUCUGCUUUGGAAGUCUGUCCACUAAACAAAAAAUAAAUGACAAAGUGGUGUCACUGGAUAGCCAGUGGGGGCAAUCUGUCAAGAAAAGCAGAAAUGUUGGGCGCAUAAUUGAUUCUGCCCGUAUUGCAGUAAGUAAAUUGCUAAUUUUUCAUAAGUGUUAUUUGAAGUGUAACUGAAAGCCCAUGUUUGUCACAUAGUAAAUAUCAUAGACUGCUGUUUGCAGUAUGAUGUGGCCUUUAUAAACUUAGUCUUAUGUCAUACAAGGAAGACUCUUUGUCUUUAAAUUGUGUUCAAGAGAAACAAUAAGUUGUGUUCUCUGUCAAAUAAUGAGUCAGUCAUGUUGGCAAUGGUAGAAACUGAAAGAGUACCUCUGGCCUUAUCUGAAAUUGAACUUUGAUUGUAUUAAAUUUAAUCUUUUUUUUUUUUUAAGUCCAUUAAAUGACCUUAAAAUAAAAUUGCUUUAUACAGUACUAAUGUAUCUAAUAAUUCAGUGGGUUUAACUAAUGUGUAGUAACUGCAUUUGGUCAUUUCAGGUGCGGAAACUUGAGGCAGUGGGUUACAAGCCCAUUUUAUUUAUUGGAAAACAAAAUAAAAAGGUUUCAAAUAAGUGGGUUGCAGACAUAAUUACCCAUCUGCACCCCACUCCUGUCACAAGACAUUUUUUGGAGAAGAUGCGAAGGGCUUAUGAAUUUAUCUUGACUAAGGGUAAGUCAGGAGCAGCGCAGUGGUUCCAUUCUGGAGCCGGAGAGCCUCGCCGUGGAGCAGCCGGAGAAUCUCACAAAGGAGUCCGAGACUGUAUUUAUACUCAACCUUGUUUCUCUGUCUUCCCCACACUCUCCAACUUCUCUCUCUCCUCCAUCUUCUACUACUUUUACAGCUGUUCUUCCUCCACAGUCUUCUCCACCUCCACCUCCACUGCCAUGCUCUAAGUCUUUGCAACAGAGGAAGAAAAGGACAAAAACCUCAAUCUGUUCACCAGCACCUUCUGCCACCUCUGUCUCUCCCCCAUCUCUUAUCCCCACAGAUCUCUCCCUUCCACAAUCUUGUCCUCCACCUGCUGCCUCUUCCAUCUCCCAGUCCUUGAGUCAGGAGGGGCCAAAUGUGAAGAAGAAAAGAAAGGGUUGCUGAAAAUGUAGUAGACAGAAGAUCUUCCUGUUUGAUAAAAUAACUGGGGAAAGAAUAAAUGAGGGAAAAGCAGAAUUGAAAGUCCACUGGUUGCCUUGCACUGUGUGCCUAGCACAACUACACAGUGGCAUGAGAAGAAACAAAUCAUCUGGUGAGGUGACCGUGAUUUUGCCAAGUAGGAUGUGAUCCUGGAUUAACACGCUUUGUUGGUCCUGGAUCAACAUUUCAAUCAACCAAUCACAACCCUCUGAUGUCAUCAGUGUGUGCCGACCCAACAUCGUCAAUCCAUUUUUGAAUCUUUCCCUCCUUUUUUCAUGCAGACAGACCCCAAAGAGAAAAAAUGCUGAAUUUAUGCAUGAACAUUCAUCAAACAUAUGAGGCUGCAAUUUGCAAAAUCUUUCAAGCUAAUGCUACUGAAAUGGAGGUCAAGGGGACUAUGAAGAGGUGGCUCCAGCUGGCAGAUCACAAGGGAGGACUCCAGGAGACAGACACACUCUUAAUCAGCUGAUCCAAUUGGUAUCCAGACCAGACGGUGGACCUGCACCCAGGAGCGACCACAACACAUCCCUGACUGUCAGCGGAGACCCCUGUGAAGAUCCCUGUGAAGACCUCAUUGAUGGCCCCAGCACAGAUCCUCAGCAAAGACUACGAGAACCAGACUGCACAGACCCUUUUUACCAGCUUCACCUGCUAGCAUGAUAUUACGUCAUGCAGAAAUCAGUCCCUCCCACUGCAAUCACAUCAUCAGUGAAGCUCCUCCCACUAUAAGCACAUCAUCAGUGAAGCUCCUCCCACUGUAAUCACAUCAUCAGUGAAGCUCCUCCCACUGUAAUCACAUCAUCAGUGAAGCUCCUCCCACUGUAAUCAAGUCAUCAGUGAAGCUCCUCCCUCUGCAGUUCCCCAAUAAAUGCUGUAAUAUUCCCAUCAGUUUACGUGAAGACGAGCCUCAAAGCAUCAGGAAGAGCUGAAAUCUGGAAAGACCCUGCAGAAUGAAACACACCGAAGAACAAACAGCACUGAUGGAAGAGGACGAGGAGAGUGAAGAACUGAGUGAAGUGGAGGAGGAACAUCAUGACAAACCUGGAGAAAAACCUUUGAGUCACUCAAAGACUAAAAAUACCUUUUUAAAGAAAAGAAGAUGCAAGAAAACUUUAACCUGUAAUCAGUGUAGAAUGAGUUUCUCAAGGAAAUAUAAUCUUGAGCUUCACAUGAGAGUUCACACUGGAGAGAAGCCGUUCACAUGUGAUCAAUGCGGGAAGAGCUUCACACAAUCAGCAAACCUUAGGGUACACAUAAGAAUUCACACCGGAGAGAAGCCGCACAUGUGUGUUCAAUGCGGGAAUAGCUUCAGAGAAAAAACAGACCUUAAGAAGCACAUGAGGAUCCACACUGGAGAGAAGCCUUAUGCAUGUUAUCAAUGUGAGAAGAGUUUCUCACGUGAACCAAGUCUUAAGCUUCACAUGAGAGUACACACUGGAGAAAAGCCUUUCACCUGCGAAAAGUGUGGGAAGAGUUUCACACAAAAAAUACAUCUUAGGCAGCACAUGAUGAUCCACACCGGAGAGAAGCCGUUCAUGUGUGAUCAGUGUGAAAAGACAUUCUCAAACAAACGAAGCCUUGAGCAUCACUUGACAGCUCAUACAGGACUGAAGCCGUUCAAGUGUGAUCAGUGUGGAAAGAGUUUUGUGGACUCUUCAAAACAUAAAAGACACAUGAAAAUCCACACCGGAGAGAAACCGUUCACAUGUGAUCAGUGCGGGAAUAGCUUCAAAGAAAAAACACACCUUAAGAACCACAUGAGGAUCCACACUGGAGAGAAGCCUUAUGCAUGUGAUCAAUGUGGGAAGAGUUUCACAGAUUCAGCGUACCUUAAGAUUCACAUGAUGAUCCACACCGGAGAGAAGCCGUUCGCGUGUGAUCAGUGUGAAAAGAGAUUCUCAAUUAAAACUAGACUUCAAAUUCACAUGAGAAUCCACACCGGAGAGAAGCCAUAUGCAUGUGAUCAAUGUGGGAAGAGAUUCAGAAUCAAAGCAAGUCUUGAUCUUCACAUGAGGAUCCACACCGGAGAGAAGCCGUUCAUGUGUGAACAGUGUGAAAAGAGAUUCUCAAUUAAAAAAAAUCUUAAAUCACACAUGAGAAUCCACACCGGAGAGAAGCCGUUCACAUGUGAUCAGUGCAACAAAACAUUUUUCUUGGCAUCAAACCUGAAGAAACACCUGACCAUUCAUAAGAAGGAGAAGCCAUAUUCAUGUUCUGAAUGUGGAAAGAGUUUUUCUCUGCUGCAAAGUUUACAUAGACAUGAGAAAAUUCAUACUGGUGUGAGAGAUUAUAUGUGCUUUGAGUGUGACAAGACUUUUAUUUCAGUGAGCCAUUUAAAACUGCAUGAGAGGGUGCACACUGGAGAAAAACCUUGCAAGUGUUCACACUGUGACAAGAGAUUCAGUUGGCCAACAACUCUGAAAAAACAUGAGAUGAUCCACAGCAGAGAGAAGCCGCACACGUGUGAUCAGUGCUGAACCAGUUUUGCUUGUAAAAGUCACCUGAAGAUACACAUGAAGAUCCAUGCAGUGGAGAAACCCAACAGUCAUGAUGAGCGAGAGGCUGUUGGUUGAUUGAUAUCUGUUAAGUCUUGUUCACACCAACAUGACUGUUCGUAACAAGAAUUCAGUCCAAUUUUCACAUGAGAUUUGUCUGGUCAGACCAAUGCAAAAAACAACAGUAAAUGCACAUUCACUCUCUGACAGUUGGUAGCGCUCAUGGAAAACUUUCUGUUUCUGACUCCUUUUUAAGAAGAAAAACAACAAACAGUAUCUUCAUGUCUUCAAACAGCUGUUCAUGUUUUUGUAUUUGCUUUGGUGCUUAUCAAGAAUACAGAUAUGAGAGAUGCUUUACAGAUAUACAAGGGUCCACAUACAGUGUGCCCAAAACUAUUUUCAUCACCAGAAUACUUGUAUGUACUAGGGCUGCAGGAUAUUGGGAAAAACUCACAUUGCGAUAUUUUGUUUUUCUGCUAUAUAUAUUGCGAUAUAAAAAAAAAAAAAAUUUUGAGUGAUUUUGUAGGUGAGUAAAUCAACAUUACAAAAAUAGAUUAAUAUAGUAGAACAAAGAUACAAAUGAAAAAAUUAAAACGAAAUAAAUGAAAUAUUCUUUAAUGAAUUUGUCACAUUAUAAUGGUCAGGGGAUGGCACUAUAUUGUCUUAAACAGCGUUGAUAUUACAAAAAAAAUAUAUAUAUAUAUAUAUGUGUGACCCUGGACCAAAAAAACAGUCUUAAGUCGCUGGGGUAUAUUUGUAGCAAUAGCCAAAAAUACAUUUUAUGGGUCAAAAUUACUGAUUUUUCUUUUAUGCCAAAAAUCAUUAGGAUAUUAAGUAAAGAUCAUGUUCCAUUAAUAUAUUUUGUAAAUUUCUUACCGUAAAUGUAUCAAAACGUAAUUUUUGAUUAGUAAUAUGCAUUGCUAAGAACUUCAUUUGGACAACUUUAAAGGUGAUUUUCUCAAUAUUUUGAUUUUUUUGCACCCUCAGAUUCCAGAUUUUCAAAUAGUUGUAUCUCAGCCAAAUAUCGUCAGAUCCUAACAAAGCUUAUUUAUUCAGCUUUCAGAUGAUCCAUAAAUCUCAAUUUUGAAAAAUUGACACAUAUAUAUAUAUAUAUACAUACGAAUGUAAACUAAUUUAUUUGUUUAUCAUCGCAGUGAUCGUUUGCCAAGAGUUUCCGCACAAGUCUUAUUUUUGCUGUGCUGCACAUGCUGAAUUAAAGUGACAGCGCAUUGCUCAUGGUAAAAAUGAACAUGGAUUGAUACGAAAGGUGUUAAUUACACCAUAAAUGCAAAUAAGUCUGUUUUUUACAGUUAACAUGGCUUUUUAGCUAUUGGAGUAAAGCAAGGAAAAAGUACCCUUUUAAAAAAAUAGCCUAUGGCAACAUAGAUGGCACUCGUUUAGAAAAACAAAGUUCUUUAUGACCAGCAGGAUUGUAUGUAAUGCAAAAGAAAAUGCAUGAGACGAUCAUCUAUUUAGAUGAUCAUCUAAAUAAUAUAUAAAUCAGAUUAAAGCACAAGUGAUUUUAAUAUCUUGAGCUUAAACGUGAGUCUGAAAGAUUGUAUUACUGUGUAAAAAGAUAAUCACUUUGCUUUAAAAAAACAUUUUUAGUAACAUUUGGAUCAUUUGAAAUCAAAAUAAUGGAGGUAAAUAGCCACGGAUCAUAGCUCACUACAAACAAAGCACAAUGAGCCCGUGCUGCUUCUGCACCACUGCAAAUGGAUCCUCGCUUAAUUUAGUUUUCUCUUUGCUGAUAUACUGCACUCAACUGCCAGGUACUUGAGCUUUAAGAAUCAGUGAAGACAUCAGCGAUUUUGGAGUCAACGUACAACGAGAGUCGAUUUCAGUGCUGGAGUCAACUCUAUAUUUCCCAUAUAGCCACAGUCUCUAUGUACAGGAGCAGGGUUGCCACGUGGUUACAAUGUGAUUCACAAUUGCAUUAUCUUUCCUGAAUUGGCUUCUAAUUGUUUCAUUAUGUAAUUGGCAUGAUACAACUUUACCUGACUAAUAAUAAAUUGUUAUAUUUGAUUUAUUCUGAUCUCUUCUGAAGUUAUUUUUUUCAAGUAGAUUAAUGUGUAGCGGUAUUUCCGCAAAUCUGCGUUCAGGACAGAUCACACCAAAGCACUA